AUGUCGCCCCGUACUGAGGACUUCUCCCAGGCGAAGAAGACCGAAGAAGUUGAGGCAGUGCCAGGAACGGAGAUACUCUUCGAUUCCACAGGGCCAUCGUCCAAUUUCGAGCACCUGAAACACAUCGAACGCGAUGGUCAGCGUAUUCUGUUAAUUCCUCAGCCAUCGUUGACAGACCCAAAUGAUCCUCUAUCGUGGUCUCCAGUGAAAAAGGCCAUGGUCUUUGCCAAUGCCUGCAUUUAUAGUUUCCUGGGUGGUAUUACCGGCCCGAUCAUUGCAUCUGGUAUUAUCCAACUGACGGAGCAAUAUGACGCAUCCUUCCAGAAAGUUAAUAUUGCCGUGGCUGCAAACCUCAUCUGCACCGGAGUGGGCUGUUUUUAUUGGAUGCCUUUUCUUGUGAGGUUUGGACGCCGUCCCACGUACCUCAUCACGGCGGCGGUGAUGUGCGGGUGUCUGAUCUGGCAGGGAUUCGCCACUCGAACCACUUAUACCUCCUUCCUGGUCGCCAGAAUCAUCAUGGGCCUGGGUCAGUCGCCUAUUUACUCCAUCGCACCAACCACCAUUGCAGACAUCUUUUUUGUUCAUCAACAAGGAUCGACAAUUGCCUUCUACGGACUCUUCGUCCUCAUAGCGGCCCAGAUAGGUCCCAUGCUGUCUUCGUUUAUCAUCCAGAGUCUCGGACCAGCAUGGUCGUUCUGGAUCCUGGCUAUCGGCUUAGGUGCAAGCCUAAUUACGCUCUUCUUUACCAUGCCGGAGACCAUGUAUUAUCAUGAUCGUCCCAAAAUCGUUCCGGCAGAGGCAGGUAAAGACAACACGGCUCAUGUGGAAAGCGUGGGGCAUGUGGAGCGACUGAAGAAACGGUCUUAUAUCCGUGGAUUAUCGGUCUGGCCUGGGGGCAACCCGACAGUUGACGUUCGCGGAAUGGUCUAUCGGUCCUUCUUGUAUUGCCUCAACCCCAUCGUCAUCUGGGCUAGUGCGGUUUACGGUCUAUCGUUCAUCAGCCUCACCACCUUGGCUGCUACAGUUGCGCAAAUUUUCGGUCUACCCCCAUACUACUUUGACUCUAUUGGCUUGGGCCUUGUCUUCCUCUCUCCCUUUGUUGGAUCCUUGCUCGCAACUUUCUUCUGCAGCUAUAUUGCGGACAAGAUCGUAAAUUACUCGGUUCGACGCAACGGUGGCGUCCGGGAGCCUGAGAUGCGCCUUUUUUCUCUGCCAGUGGCCGCUGCUGCGAGCGCUGCGGGAUCGAUCGUGGUCGCGCUCUGCUUGCACUACCAAACACACUACAUGGGGCCCAUCGUUGGUUUUGGGAUCCUGACUGUGAGCAAUCAAAUUGGUGCCAACAUGGGUAUGUCUUAUCCCCUGGACUGUUAU